UCAUUUUUGCCGAGGGCCACAUUGGCAUAAUGGCUGUCCUCUGAGGGCCAGAUGUAACUUAUAAAUAUAAGAAAAUGUAACCAAAUGUAAUAUAAAAUGAAUGUAAUUACUCCUUAAUGUUAAAUAACUCUCAAUAUACUAUUUAUUCAAUCAAAUAUUACAGUUGCAUGGAAAAAAUGUUUGCUUGUUGCUCUAUGAACAUAAAUCCUUUUAAUUUGUCAUGUUAUGAAAUCCAAAAACUCCAUCAAUCAAGAACCAAACUAUUCAAGUGAAUAGAAAUGACAUAAAAUACAAGUUAUAUUAACUUUGAUCAAAACGUUUGAUACUGAAAUAAGGCUUAAUAAAUAUAAAAUAAACAAUUUAGCAUUUCCUCAGAUUUAGCAGUUCCUCAUCCAACCACUAGUCGGAGCUGCAGCAGCACAAGCCCGCAGUCUUUACUUAGUCAGAGCUACAGCCCAGCCACGGGCUACAGGGCUCAGCUGAGGCAGUCUGAUUUAGGCAGUUCUCUUCAGUUAAGUGACCUGCUUUUAUGUUAAUAUUCAAUGGUAUUUUCUUUCUGUUUUUUCCAGAAAUUAACAUAUUCUCCUGAAAUUCAUCACCAACAACCAGGAUAGACAAAGAGCAAUGUUAACCUGCUGAAAGAGGUGAAGCAAAAGCCGUCCAGAAGAAUCUUCAGAACACGCAGAAACAGUUUGAUACAUUUAACAGACAAAUGAAGACAAGUCCCAACAUGGAGAAACAUCAGCACUCUGUCAAGAGUUUUACUAAACAGAGUGAUCUUAAAAACCACCAGCACAUUCACACAGGAGAUAAACCGUAUUACUGCUCAGACUGUGGGAAGAGUUUUACUAGACAGAGUAGUCUCAAAGUACACCAGCGCAUUCACACAGGAGAGAAACCGUAUCAAUGCUCAGACUGUGGGAGGAGUUUUACUAAACAGAAUACUCUCAAAAAACACCAUCGCAUUCACACAGGAGAGAAACCGUAUCACUGCUCAGAUUGUGGGAGGAGUUUCACUCAACAGAGUAGUCUCAAAAACCACCAGCGCAUUCACACAGGAGAGAAACCGUAUUACUGCUCAGACUGUGGGAGGAGUUUUAAUAAACAGAGUAAUCUCAAAAAACACCAGCGCAUUCACACAGGAGAGAAACCGUAUUACUGCUCAGACUGUUGGAGGAGUUUUUCUGAACAGGGUAAUCUCAAAAAACACCAGCGCAUUCACACAGGAAAGAAACCGUAUUACUGCUCAGAGUGUGGGAAAAGUUUUACUCAACAGAGUAAUCUCAAAAUACAUCAGCGCAUUCACACAGGAGUGAAACUGUAUCACUGCUCAGACUGUGGGAAAAAUUUUAGUCAAAAGAGUGUUCUUCAAAAUCACCAGCGCAUUCACACAGGAGAGAAACCGUAUUACUGCUCAGACUGUAGGAAGAGUUUUACUACACAGAGUGAUCUCAAAAAACACCAGCGCAAUCACACAGGAUAGAAAUCUAUCCCAAAUCUGUUUCAAUUAAAAGUGCGAAUCCUAAACCUUUCAGAACACCUUAUCCUACACAAAUGUUUAACUUUAUCCCUUGGGACACGUUCUACCAGAAAACUGAAUUUAACAAUGGGUUUUACAGGUUCUGCAAAAUGAAUCUUAUCCAGGGAUGAUGUUUAUUGAAUUCCAUGUUAUGUUUACUUGUAUGUUAGAUGUUCCAGGACAUUCUUUGUGUGACACAGCUCAGUGCUUAGGGUAGUUACUGUAGGAGUUCAGUUCUGAAGAAGGGAAAAAACUUAGUCUGUAAAAUUUAGAUGUCAUAGUUGUUAGGAGUAGAGAAGGAUUAUUAGCUUGCAACUAAAUGUUUAGGACCAAAUCUUCAGAGCUUAUGAUUUGAAUGCUUUUAAUUUAUUUUCUAGUAUAUGCAGAUUUGAUUAUUUCUAUUAAUUUCUAGUAUCUCUGUUUUCACUCUGUGGAAGCCGUCCUCAGUUCCCCAAGCUAAGCAUAGCUUAUCUUAAUGCUAUUUACUGCUAGACCCAUCUGUAUGAAAGAAGAAGAGAAAACACCACCUGAGGAACUCCAGAGAGAGUGCUCUCAAAAGUGAGACCCAGAUCCACAAAGAGACGACACUGUGCUGGGUACUGCUGUGUGGACCGGAGGAGCAUCCAGACCCCGCAGAGAGGCCAACAAAAUCCUUUACAGAGGUUAAAUAAAAUGCUCAAGCUGUAGUUCCCAUACUGAAAUCAACCCACUCCAGGUUUGUGUAGCGCAGUAAGGUUGCAGGCUCAUUCACUCCCUCUGCUGGUGUUCUCAUUUGUCUAUGGUUCAGUCGUUCUGAUUAAAAAUCUGUUACCAUAGAGGGACAUUUGGUUGUUGUAUUACUCAAGUUUUAUACUCUCUUAUCUUUUCCUUAUUGAAUAUUGUAUGUUGCUGAAGGUUUUUUAAUCUUCAAAUGUAUUAAGAAUAUCCAAAUCAUUUAGUUUCUUAAUUGUUUUUAUCCUCUACAAACUAUUAUCUUGGUAUUGCUUCACCUCUAUAUUUACUCAUCUGUGUGUUUUAAUAAACGUCUUUUAGAUUGCAGAUCUGCAAUCUCAUUGUGUUUUCUCAACAUAUGUUUGACAUGAAACCUAUAGGCCUGAGAUUGUCUUCUGUUAUUACUUGUUAAAUACCCAAAGGCGCCCAGCAAAGAAAUCCAGUGUGAAAUUGGAGUGAAACAUAAAAGUCAACUUAAGAUUGAAAUUCAGAAAUAUAUAUAUUUUUAAUGGUUCAGGCUUAAAAGGGUUAAAUAUACAAUUACUUCCAAAGGUAGAGUAACAUGUGUUUAACUUGUAUUCAUAUGUUUAUAAAGUUCUUUAUUGUGA